AACUGUCAAGGGGCUGCUAGGGUAGCAGGUGUUUGCUGUGGUUGCGGCGGCGUCGCUGGGGGUGCGGCAAGUGAGGAGUCGGGGUUUGGCGGAGACGGUGGGUGCCGUCGGCGGGGUCCGGCCGCUUCCGCCCAGACAGGACCGGGGGCGUCAUCCCUGAAGGUGCAAGGAAGAGAGGACACAAGCGACGCGAACUGAGCAUCGCGCGUACCAGCCCGGCAGUUGGCUGGACCCAUGGAUGUGGAACCCAGGGACACUGAAGGCUGACUGUCCUGCAGGCUCAGCGUUACUCAGUGCUUCCACGGAGACCUCCCACCAGUGCUCCUGGCACUGAACUCCUCGUCCAUCCUCCAAGUGUCACCUUCUUGCAGUCCUCGCUUUGCAUCUGUGCAGAAUGUCGUCUGAUGAGGACAAAUACUCACUUCAUGUUGCUCACAACAACUCUGAUCGUGACAGUUCCGUCUCCACAGAUCUCCAGGAAGAGUAUGAGGAAUUGCUGCGCUAUGCUAUUGUGAAUCCAAAUGUUGAAUCCGGUGCUUCACAGCCGUCUCAUCCAAAGGGAGAAGUGGUACCAGACAGAUUUCCUAUGCCAGCCGGAAAUAACCCUGUAAAAGAAACUGCAGUGGAAAUUGGAAAAGGAUGCGAUAUUUCUAGCCACUCAAAAUCAGGGUCCUCGCCAGUCUCGCCACCCAGGAAGCCCUCUCACCCCAAUCAUGGGAUUUCUUCAGUUCCACAUCUUUUAGAUGACUCCUCCUCGCCAGCCUCUUCUACUCACAGAGAUGCCCCUGAAAUAAUUGUGGGCGAUCGUCUUGUUUCUGAUGAAAAUCUUCAGAAGGUGGAGAAUAUACUUGACCUCUGGAGUUCAGGUCUGAAGACAAACAUUAUAUCUGAACUAAGUAAGUGGAGACUUAAUUUUAUUGACUGGCACCGUAUGGAGAUGAAAAAGGAGAAGGAAAAGCAUGCGGCGCUUGUGAAGCAGCUGUCUAGCCAGAUCGCUGACUUCAAGGAGCUGCAGAAAGCCUUUGAAGUUUCCCUCGGAAGAAAGGAUGAGGUGAUUUCCAGCUUGUCUCAUGCCAUCGGCAAGCAAAAGGAAAGGACCGAGUUGAUGAAAACCUCCUUCCACUGGCGAAUCAGCCAUGUCAAGGCAAGACAGGAAGUCUAUGAAGAUAAAUUGGCUGACCAGUACUUCCGGAGAACUUUGCUGAAGAAGGUCUGGAAGGGCUGGCGUUCCGUGGUUCAGAGGCAGUGGAAAGAGGUAGUGGAACGGGCAUGCCAAGCGAGGGCUGAAGAAGUCUGUGUGCAGAUCUCCAAUGAUUAUGAAACCAAACUUGCUAUGUUAUCUGGAGCUUUGGAGAAUACAAAAGCUGAGAUUCAAAGAAUGCAGCAAGAAAAAGAGCACUUUGAAGACUCCAUGAAGAAAGCGUUCAUGAGGGGGGUGUGCGCAUUGAACCUUGAAGCCAUGACCAUAUUUCAGAACAAAAACGAUGCAGGUGAGGGAUAGACCUUCACGAACAAUAAAAGGGAGGAGAGUGGUCCCGCUGGUCCAGAAGAGAGUUUCUCUGCUCAUUUGGAUACAUCAUCAUCUACAAUACCUUCAUCAGUUUCCGCCACACGCUGCUGCCCUUCCGCAACAGCAGCAAGCAGGAGUGGGCCAGCGCCACUGCCAUUUCCCUAUGCAGCUUCCUUGACCUCUGCUGGAGCCACAUCUGCCUCUUCUGUUAUCAUGUUCCCUGUCUCUGUUUCUUGGUUCAGGAUCUGCAGCUAUACAACUGCCCCAGAAGAAAUGUACAUACCAAGAGUUGUGACCUCAGCACAGCAGAAAGCUGGGAAGACGAUUACUGCGCGGAUCACGGGUCGGUGUGAUUUUGCUUCCAAAACUAGAGUCAACAGCAGUUUGGCUAUCAUGGGAGUUUCUCCUCCCAUGAGCUCAGUCGUUGUGGAGAAACAUCAUCCAGUCACAGUGCAAACCAUUCCUCAGGCAGCUGCUGCCAAGUACCCACGGACCAUCCAUCCUGAAGGUGGCGGCAUCCCAACCUCUAGGUCUCUCGGAGCCAGGCCAUCCCACACCCAAUCUCUCUCUAGUGUUCAGUCCAUAAAAGUGGUUGACUAGACUGGCAGUGUUCACACUCGGUCUCUUCAUUCCUCUGAGGACUUGACUGGGAGCAGAAGUUGUUUGUUUUGACUUUUCUGUACUGUUUAGAACAUCAUGGACACAUCAUGUUCAUCUUUUCAGAAUUAUAAGAUACUUUCCCAUCCUUUGUAAUUAUAUGUAGAGAUUAUUUUAAUGUUAUUUUUAUUUAAACAAUUAAGUAUAACUUUUUAAUAAAAAAAAACCUUGAUUUUAAA